AUGGCAGAUACUCAAGGGUUCCGCUUCCUGGAUCUACCCAAGGACAUCCGCCUGGAAAUCUACGAUCUUUUCCCUGCCGUAACACGUCGCUACACAGUACAACUACCACAUAGGCCAUUCAUUACACAUAGGCCAUUCAUUACGCCCUUCAGCCUGGUCUUAGAACGCAUCCCGUGCAUGGAACUACUCACCAUUUGUCGCCAGAUAUUCGACGAAGCUUCUUCCAUGCUAGGGUCAAGGUUGGCCGGCCAGCCAGUUCGUAUCUUCGCCUACGUGGAAGACUUGUGUGAUACCGUCAUCAACAUCAUAUAUCGCUAUACCUCACCUGGCUGUUCACACGAGAGCCUGACAACACGUAUCGAGCGCUACAGUCCUGGCCGCCAAAGUGGCCUCGACGAUCAGGAUGUGCCCGAAGUUUCGAUCCAGGCUCUACGUCCCAAUACAACCGCAACUGGCUCGAAGCUAGAAGUCGAGAUAGCUCUUGAGCUUGGCGGUGGAUUCAGACAUCCUUCCCAGAAGUUGCAGCUCAUGAGGAAUCUGAUUCGCAUAUUCUACAAGUGGAUUGUUGACAGCGGAGAGAUGCAGUUCUUUCGCUACGUCCCCGUCAAUAUCACAAUCCGACCCAAGCCGACAGCAAAAAUGAGCGAGAAAACGAUUAGCGAUGGGCGAGUAUUCGACAUCGAGGAAUACCCGGAGGAGUUUUGGCUUGGUAAGACGUGGACCUGUCAGGUCGGUGAGUGCAUGACGGAGGAGGAGUGGCAACGCAACUGGGAGGAAGGCAAGCACUUCGGGAAGUUGAAGCGCAUCUAG